AUAUCAGACAUGAAAGAUUCUAUACCACUAACAGACACGUAAUAAGAUGCAACAACAAGAAUAAGCAUACUGGCAGCGAACGAAAGGUCUGUGAUGAAAUGAUACACUAAGAUAAGCAUAUUUUUCCCUAGGAAGCUUCUCUGCACCACGGAAGGAAUGGGUUACAAGUAGAUUGAGAUUAAUAAAUGUCAAGACAGCAGCUAAUCUUAAUAAAUCAAAAAUGUUAACAUUUCUGUAUUUGUCAAAAAGGCAAAUAAUCUCCGUGAGAUGUGUGCGUGUGUGUGUGUGACACACAUACACACACACACACACACACACACACACACACACAAUCACACAAACGGCAUAAGUACUCGUAGGAUAUAAUCAACAGUAGCGAUACAAUUAAAACAUAUAGAAGCACAUUAUUAAUUUUGCAGCGUGAUACAUCACACUGCAAAUGUAAUUUCCUUAAAAAAAUGAUGAUCUGAAGGAUAACCUUUGUCUUCUAACCCCAUCCACUAAGCUCCGUUGCUCUAUCCCCUUGUUAUGCAGAGUGCCAAUGCGCGUAUAUGUUUGUAUGUACGUGAGUUUGUGUUGCUGGGAGGAGGCCUGAGUCAAAGCGAGGAGGAGGUGGCACUCAGUACCAUGAAGCCGAGCGGGAAAGCUGUUCUAGUGCCACUGUCGUUGGCACUAUUGGUUGUGAGGGCGGACAUAGACAUUAAUAACUUCAUUACCAGCCUGAAUCAUCUCCACACGACCAUGGAAGAGUACGUUGGAUGCGACCAGAGGAUGGAGAAACUGUGGGAGGAUAUCAUGACUCGUAACAAGAUGUUUAACCAUCUUAAUGAAAGGCUGCUCAGUAAGAUGGACCAGCUUGCCAGGAUUAGGGAGAGAGAUGAAAUCCAGAGCGAAUGCAAGCCUCCCUUUCAAGUAUUCAGGGGAAACUGCCUGCUGCUCAACACAGAAAGCUCGUUAGAUUGGCCUCAAGCAAGGUUCGUUUGCUGGGUCAAGGGCGGUGACCUCGCCUAUCCCUGGAGCCUUCAGGACCUCAAGGAUUUCCUUCCUAUAACAGGGCGCGAGUUCUGGGUGGGCGCCCGGACGCUGCCCGAGCUGGAGUUCCCGGAGUGGAAAUGGGCUGACGGGCGCCUGGUGGAGAGCGACCACGAGCUCUACACGGCGAUCCCCCAGGCCAGGGCGGGGGACAAGUGCAUCCUGCUGGCGCGCAACGGCACCUUCCGGCUCAAGGCAGCCAGCUGUGAGGCCAGGAGACCCUUCGUCUGCCAGAUUCCUUACAGGAAACACUGCCCGAGGUCCUACACGGACGUGGGCGGGAGGUGCGUGAAGCUGCACAAGGUGCCGGCGGCCUCGUGGGCGGACGCCGACGCCCUCUGCCGCGAGGACGACGCCGAGCUGGCCCGCCCGCGCACCGCCCUCGACACCCGCGACUUCGUGGGGCGGCAGCUGCAGGCGGACUGGCGCGUGUGGAUCGGCGGCGAGAAGCGCGAGAAGCGAUCGGCGUGGAAGUGGACCAACGGAAGCCCGCUGAGCUUCCCCGACGGCUGGCACCACCGCGACACUCCCCCCGGGCAGUGCCUGGCACUGCUCGGCGCCGACGACUUCGAGAGUGAGACGGCGGAGUGCGACACCGCUCUGCCAUUUCUCUGCCAGAGGAUUGAGUGAUGCCCUCUCCCCCCUCAGGAGUCAAUGACGGAGGCUGGGGCUCCGGGCAGUCGGCUGGCAUUUGUAAAAUGUAUUUUUAUAAAAGAAAAUGGUCUUA